AUGGCAGUUAAAUUCAAGAAGAUUGCCGAAAGUCCUAACCCAUAUCCACGGCUUAAUCUUCUUCACGCCCAGGCAUUGAAAAUUCUCCUUGCUGUGUACGUGUUUGCUGCUACAGCACUCAUCAUUCUGGUUCCACUACGAAUGUUUGUGGUUAACAACAACCUCAAUUGGUGGAUCAAAUUGCCGCCAAACAAGUCGCAGGUUUCAAGUUUGCUUGACCAGCACUGGGUUGACAACCUGCGCAGACAAGACAUUGGUGCAGCAAACUACCGUCUCCUGCUUGCAGGAUACUGCGUCUUCGUGGUUGGUAUAGGCAUUCUUGCGGUGCUGCAGCUGCAGAAAGUCGUCGAAGUCGAUACAAGACGAAAGGUAUUUCACGGAGUCAUGGUCGCAAUGCUUCUGCCUACAAUCCCGAUGGAUCCUGUUUUCUUUGCGCUGGCGCUCAUAAUCGUUCUGGCGGUCUUUUUGAUGCUUGAUCUUUUCCGAGCGUCACAGUUGCCGCCCAUCUCUCGGCCACUGACGAACUUUCUCGCACCCUACGUUGAUGGCAGAGAUCACCGAGGCCCAGUAAUCGUGUCACACAUUUUCCUUCUUAUCGGAUGUGCAAUACCACUUUGGCUGUCGUUGGCAGAUAUCCAGCAGACCGAAGACGCAGUGUCUGAGGGCUGGGAGGUGUCCUAUCGUAAUUUGAGUAUGGUCAGUGGUGUGAUAUGCGUUGGAAUGGGGGAUGCUGCAGCUAGCCUGGUCGGCCGUCGUUACGGCAGAACAAAAUGGUACUGGGGAGGGGGUAAAAGUCUCGAAGGGAGUGCAGCAUUCGCAAUCGCUGUUUGGGUGGGAUUGAUGGCAUCAUGGCUCUGGUUGCGUGCGGGAGGGUGGGUUGAGUUCAAUGCACGAGAAGUACCCGGAGCAAUGUGGAAGGCACUCGCUGCAGGUACAGGCGCUAGUAUCAUGGAGAGCACUUUGACAGCAGCCAACGACAACGUGGUAGUGCCGAUAGGGCUGUGGUUGCUCGUGAGAGGACUGCAAUUGUGA